ACGAUCGGGAGCCUCGCAGCUGUGCGGGACGCACCGACGAAAUGUGGUUCCGCUGCUCUCCAUGUAGACGACAGGCAGCAGCCAGGAGGCGUCACGGCGGCUCGCUGGGGGAAUGGGCGGUACCGCUGCGAUGGACGGAAGCGCGGAGGAGCGCACCAGCUAAAUACUACGGGCUCUGCCAUCUGGAUGCUGCUCACCAAACCCGGUACACCAGGGGGAAAAGAGGGGGAAAAACUUCUUAUUUAUCUCGAUUUGAUGUUGUUUGAAUAAAAGAUGGCGCCAUCAGGCUCAAGGAGCGUUAAACGAAGCUGUCAGAGAGUUUUAUACUGGAUCCCAGUCCUUUUUAUCAGCAUCAUAGUGGCUUGGUCCUACUACGCCUAUGUUAUUCAGCUCUGCAUAGAAUCCAUGAACAACACUGGAGAGAAAGUCGUUUGCCUCCUGACGUAUCAUGUGCUGUUCAUGAUGUUCGUCUGGGCCUACUGGCAGACCAUCUUCACCAAACCGAUGACGCCGGUAAAGGAGGAUAGGGUGGGAAGGAAAAGCCUUAUUCGGUCAUUUCUGCUGGGGAAACGGCAGAGAGGAGGGGAGACAGUACUGUACUACUCAAAGUUCCAGUUGACGCUUGCAGACAAAGAGAUGCUGGAGCGGGAAGAUCGCUCAGAGUCCCAGCAGGAGAUACUGAGGAGGAUCUCUAAGGAUUUGCCCAUCUAUACGCGCACCAUGUCUGGAGCUGUCCGUUACUGUGACCGGUGUCAGAUCGUGAAGCCGGAUCGAUGCCACCACUGCUCAGUCUGCGAUAAGUGCAUCUUGAAGAUGGAUCACCAUUGUCCAUGGGUGAACAACUGCGUGGGAUUCUCCAAUUACAAGUUCUUCAUGCUUUUCUUGGCGUAUUCUCUCCUCUACUGCCUCUUCAUCGCCGCUACCGACUUACGAUUUUUCAUCAAGUUCUGGACCGUAAGUUUUGGAUUAUUUCUGUCUUUCAAAAGCGGCCUACCCGACACCCAGGCCAAGUUCCACAUCAUGUUCCUGUUCUUUGCUGCCUCCAUGUUCUCUGUCAGCCUGUCCUCUCUCUUUGGAUACCACUGCUGGCUGGUGUGCAGGAACCGCUCCACACUGGAGGCCUUCCGAGCCCCAGCCUUCCACGAUGGAGCAGACAAAAAUGGCUUCAGCCUGGGCUUCAAUGAAAACUUCCGGCAGGUGUUUGGCAAUGAUAAGAAGCUCUGGCUACUGCCUGUCUUUUCCAGCCUUGGGGAUGGCUGCUCAUACCCCACCAGCCUCGUUAAACGGGAUGCCGAACAGCCGCCCAUACCGGCUGGACACAAUUCACCCACCCAGAGUACUGGUGAUGCCCCCCAGUUUCCUGCCAAGCCGCUGAGGGAGUCCCAGAGUCGUCUACUUCCUACGGGCCAUUCUUGGACGAGGAAUGAGCAGGUCGAGGAUCAAGACACGCGCGGUACAAGCAACCCAGCCAUGAUCAUAGAAAAUGAGACUUAAUUUUUUAACCUGGAGAUGAAGCCUCCAGACUGACAGCAGAGGGGUCCGAUCAGCCCCCGCGCUCACCAGCCUGCGUAGGCACAUGUCACCAGUGUGUAACUCUGCCAUCGCCUGUCUGGCUGUCUCCAUGCUCCUGCUCGAACGCAGUGUUAAAAAAAAAAAAAAAAAACUGUUUUACGUCCUCUGUGUUCUUUAUUUGCCAAGAAAGCAGCCGUGUAGCGUCCAGUUGGGGCCUGUGCUGCAGCCGUAUGGAGCAGGAUGAGCCUGAGGGCCAGGCUCAUUUCAGUUAACGCAGGGACCAGGCUCAUUUCAGUUUACCCAAGGGCCUGGUCCAAUUUCGGUUAUACCUGGAGCCAGGCUCAUUUCAGUUAACCCAAGAGCCUGGUCCAUUUCAGUUAACGCAGGGACCAGGCUAAUUUCAGUUAACCCAAGGGCCUGAUCCAUUUCGGUUAUACCUGGAGCCAGGCUCAUUUCAGUUAACCCAAGAGCCUGGUCCAUUUCAGUUAACGCAGGGACCAGGCUAAUUUCAGUUAGCCCAAGGGCCUGAUCCAUUUCGGUUAUACCUGGAGCCAGGCUCAUUUCAGUUAACCCAAGGGCCUGACUCAUUUCAGUUACACCAGGAGCCAGGCUCAUAUCAGUUAACUAAAGAGGCAGGCUCAUUUCAGUUUCACCAGAAGCUAUGCUCAUUUUGCUUAUCCCAGGGGCCAGGCCUAUUUCAGUUACACCUACAGCCAGGCUCAUUUUACUUACAGCAGGAGCCAGGAUCAUUUCAGUGACAGGUAGCAGUUGAUCAAUUGACUCUGUUCCUGAAACAAAAUGACUAAUUUAUUUAAAUGAGAAAAGCUCUGUCAGUUUAAUAACUGGAAUAUUUGACAAUACCUGGAUUUUCUGUCAAUGUUAUCUAACAUUGUUUUAUAUAUGCAUCUUUUUAUACUUGUGAAAUGCAUACAUCAGAGUAAGAUAAAGCAUAAAGUGAUACACGAAUCAGAUCAUUUCAGCAGACUCCCACGAGCCAAAGAGGGAUGCAAGAUUAUUUGUAUACCGUAGCAUCAAGAUGAAUUUUCUUGCGUGAUAAUAUAUUGAAAAGAGCAAAUCUAGCAUAUUAAACAUCUGGGAAGGCCGCAGGUGCUUUGGUUUCUACAGGAAGACUGUUUCAUCUUUCCACCAUUACAGAGUUUGCACAGUAUCUGUGAUACUGCAGCUGCUGAAAUUUUAAUUGGAGAUGUCCUGGCUGGUUCAUACACCAGGCCCUCCCUGCCAUGCCUGUUUUAAGUGAAAUUGGGUUGAGGUACCCCACGUUCCACCCAAUCUCCAGGGAUGGUUCACAAGGCGGCGGCUACAUUAUCUGGCAUUGCUGAUCUGAGGUUUGUUUCCCCACACAUGGACUGUAGGAUUUAAACAGGCAAACCAGAUUCAGCUCUUCCAUUUUUCUAAGGCUUGUGGCCUCCAGUCAGCACUGCAUGACGCUUGAUGUAAUUCAGUUGAUGUUUUAAGCAGUAAUGCUACGUCGUAUGGUGUAAACUGGGACGUGUGGCUGUGUAUUCCCCAGACGUUAUUUCUGUACUUGCUCACACUGGAGGAAAGGACAGCAAUCUGGACCAUUAUUCUAGACACGGAACAGCACAUCCGUUUGCCUGUUUGAAUAUUCCAUACCUGAGAUGUGGGCAUGAAGCCUCGAUCUGCGGGGUUGUGCAAUCAGCUGAGUAUGAGCUGUUUCUGCCACAGCAUAUAGACUGAUAGGCACCUAGAAGAGACUCCUCCACAGCGAUGUGUGGGCCUCCAGGUGAGCCGGUGGCUCCGAGGACUCCCUGCCUCAGCUGAGUCAUCCACUGACAGAACCUUUGUACUAGAGGGUUUCGGUAAUUAUUUAGUUUACUUGCGUCACAAGGUCUCAGUUCCCCAGCUGUCGCUACCUGUUAGUAGUCCGGCCAACGUCAAGUUGGGUGAACGUAAGCAUCAUAUAAAACGAACGACUGGCUGUUGCGGUUUCAGAAACGACGCGGGACAAGAGCCACUGCCGUUUGUUUAGGUCUAACCGUGAGAAACUAUGCGAAAUUAUUUCAUUGUUAUCAAGUAUAUCCAGAUAAAUUUGAUUCCAAGAAUUAAGAAUUACUUGUAUAAUGAAUAAUACUAUGCCAUGUAAUUUACUGUGAACUGUUAAAAAAUGUUUGGUUUUGUUACACUGAGGAAUGCUGCAUUACUUCUUUGAGAAACUUGUCUUACUAUGUAUGCUUUUAUCAGAUGCAAUCGAUGUAUUACACAAUAGUAAACUAUAUAAUCUAUUUUUGUAUGGUUCUAUUCAUUGGUGACAUGCAGUUUUUUCCCCUUGGGCAUAAUUGUUAAGGCUGUUAAAUGUGUGUCAUGCCUUGUCCAGAAAAGAAAUAAAGGCUGGUGCUCAAGUGUUCCUUCUUA